UUGGUAAUUUAUAAAUGAUACACAUCUAGUGACUUACUUAAAGAUUAUGUAUAUUUUUCUUAUAUAAAGACGUGUUUUGGAUUAACUAAUGGAUAUGAUUUAAAGUAUAUGUGGUACAUGAAUGUUUACAUUUAUAAAUGCAAUGUUGGAUAUUUGAAAGAAUAACACUACACUUUUGGAGUAUGGUUAAAUGAUAUGACCCCUUCAUUAAUGGAUUUCGAAGAACAUCGACGUUUUAUUUAUAAGACCAUAGAAGGACAACAUAAAAGUGAGGUUAUACCGGCGUAUGCUAACGUUAUGCUAAACCCUUGAACGUUUAAUUAAGCAAGAUGCGUAAAAGGAGACGACGUAUAAUAAAUUCAUCAAUCUUUGCCUUAAUUUGUAUCUUGAUGUAUUUUAAACUUAUAAGGCCUAGCAUGACCAUGGUAUCGGAGACGUAUGGUUCAUUAAAGACUUCAUUUCGAGAAAAUAACAGCGAAAUAUCAAUCAAAGUAAAUGCUUCUGAUAAUGACAAACGAAAUUUUCAGUCAAAUGAUGAACUUACAAUAGAUGAAUAUCGGCGGUUUUUGGAUAAUAUUCUGCAAGUAAAAGACCCUGACAACAGAAUAGAUUUGACAAUGUUUGAUGUCCAUGUUCGGAAAAAUAUAGAAGUUUACGACCUUCACAAACUCCGAAAAAAAGUUGUGUGGAAUGAAAAUAUGAAAACUAUAAAUGAAUCGAUUAGUAUGCGACACAUUAUAGUCGGCGUUUAUAAACGUACACGUUCAUGGACAAACAGUGUUAACUGCUCUAAAAUUAUUUUGAGUGGUGACCCUCAAGAAAUAUUGUACUCGUACAGUGUAAUGUUGAAAUCCUUAAAGAAACAUAACCGCCGUGACAGGAUGAAGAAAGUAGAAAGAUGCAAUUAUUUUAUUCGAAGCCGUUUAUACAUAAUGCAUCCUUUGACGCAGAAAGAAAUGGACUUCCCUCUUGCAUUUUCGUUAGUUGUGUACAGAGAUAUAGACCAGAUUGAGCGAUUAUUACGAGCUGUUUACAGGCCCCAAAAUAUUUACUGCGUACAUAUCGACAUAAAGAUGGAUUUGACAAAGAGGAAAAUUCUGGAAAAUAUAGCGAACUGCUUCGACAAUGUGUUCAUAGCGUCUGUGUCCUACAACGUAACGUGGGGGACAUUUUCUGUUCUUCAAACAGAGUUACAGUGUAUGAAAGAGCUAUGGAGGUAUACGAAAUGGAAGUAUUUUAUAAACCUGACUGGUCAGGAAUUUCCAUUAAAAACGAAUAGAGAACUUGUGGAGAUAUUGGAUUCCAUGAAAGGAGCAAAUGUGGUAGAGGGAACGUGGAUAAGCGCACGGUCAAAGGACUUUUACCGAUGGACAAAGGCAAAGGUACCGCCUCCUCACAAAAUUAGACCUAUCAAAGGCUCCGUCCAUGUUGCAAUAAACAGACACAUGGUAGAUUUUGUUCUCCAUGAUUCAAGGUCACGUGACUUCCAGAAAUGGCUCCAAAAUACAGACAUACCUGAUGAAACGUUCUUUGCGUCGCUGAAUUGCAACAAACACCUUGGGAUAAAUGGAUCAUUUGCAGGUGAUUCCGGGGAGUCGGCAACCAGACCUUUGAUAACGAGAUAUAAAGUUUGGCAGAAGAGAACUGGGACUCAGGAUGGCGUGUGCUCGGGUAAAUUUGUCCGCGGAGUGUGUGUUCUAGGGAUAGGAGAUCUCAACAGGGCUUACCAAAGUGCUGGAAUGUUUGCUAACAAGUUUCACCAAGACGUCGAGUACCUUUCGUUCAACUGCCUGGAGGAAUUUAUGCACGAGAAGACAUGGCAACAAUAUCUACACAACGUUACAAUAGAUACGUCCUACUACCGCCACCUGGAUUACGUGAAACACAGGCUUAUUGUUUGAUGGAUUAAGUGUUAUCAAACAUGGAUUUGGAAUGAACUAUUUUUUGUAAUUACUUUAUUCAAAAUUUGGUAUGUACAGUGCCGUUAACUUAAAUAUAUCCAAACAACAAGAGCGUUGUGAUACUCGUUAUACGGUAUUUGAUGACUUUGGUUGUCCAUAAUCCAUACUAGUAUAACAAGAUACUGUAACCUAUAUAUACCCUAUAUAUUAUGCACCAGUCAAUUGUAACCACGGAUACUCCAGGUCCGGGGGUGUACCGGGGAUAGCCGGGGAAAUGGGCCGUCUUUUUACCUUUCAGGUGGCCCCGCAGUGCCUGUGGUUUUGUCUUUGCGCCAAAAAAUGGCCGGGGAUGGGCCUUACUUAAGAGUCCCUGGGGUUUGGGGGCAUUUGGCGGGGAUUUUACCAGCAAUUUGUCCCCACAGGACGGGGAUCUUACCCAGGCUUGGCUAGACCGAAAUUCAAAGACCCCGCUAUUGCCCGGACCUGGGGGCGUGGUUAAAAUUGACUGGUGCAGUAUCCAUGUGAUGUUGUCCAUUUAUAUUUCAUUUGAAAACCAGUUAAAAAUUACAAAUGAGUCACGAACAUGUCCAUUGUAUACAACCAUUUAGCAUGAUGUUUUCCAUUUAACAACGAUUGCAGAAAAUGUUUUAUUUACAUAUGCUUAGUCGCUCUCGUUUGAACGAUGUUGCGACUUUGUGUGGUCUAGCGUUUUCAGGGUGUGUAUACCACGUGAUAAAUUACGUCAUAUAUGAUACUUUGCUUAAAAUGAAGACUUAAAUCAAAGAUAACUUUUCAUUUACACCACUAUUUUAAAUGAAACAAAGGGCAUCACACACUGUUUUCAAAAUAAUGUUUUGACAGUGCUCCGUCAGACGGCCGUAUUGUGAAGUGAAAAAGUUUGUCGAAGUGUUUUAAGAAACUAAACUCGCAAUCAAAUUCUGGUAAAAGACCGAAGGUGGGGCUCCGUAAGCGGCGUAGACUGCGCUAUGUUUCAUUUAAAAUGGUGAAGAAAUAGUGAAGUUAUCUUUGUUUAAAGUAUUUUUUCAAAUCAAAAUAUUGCCUUCCGAACUAGCAUUUAUGACGCAAUUUAUCACAUGGUAUACACACACUGGUUUUGGGGAUACCAUAUUGCCCAGAUAAAAAAAAAAACGAGUUGUCCGGCUUGGUGACCACAGGACUACCUAUCUCACAUAAGCCCAGGCUGGAAAACUAACCUGGGACACUGCUACUACUGCGCUUACCGGACAACUUUUUGAAGUACGUUUUCCAUUGAAUACAACUUCAAAUGAAGAGUAUGCUUAAUCAAAUUUGCCAACUUGCAAAAAUAUAAUCACGUGAAAUAUACACAAUUUACUUGUAUCAAGUCACAAUCUAAGUAUGCUUUUAUGCCGUUUUUCUUUUCAUUUUCAAUACGUCAACUUGUAUUGACGCU